GUGUAAUUAAAUUUGUUAAUGGUACCUGCACCGAGAGCUCGAAUGGCUAUUCCGGUACGCUUAGAUCCGUUUCCAUUAACGCUAAUCACCUAAUCGCCCACAAUUAAUUCACUUAGAAGCGGUGCCAAAAAAUAAUGGAUUGCCACGGUAGAAAUCUCGUGUCGUUCCUAACCCACCUUGAGUUGCCUAUUGAUCGCUGACCUCUUCAUAAAUAUAGGCUCCGUGCAUGUACCAACGUACCAUUUCAAAACUGCAUAAGCUCUUGCACGAUAUACUCAUAGUACAUUGGUGAUAAUAAUUCGUAGAAGCAUGACGGUGUAGUUACAUAAGUACCGUGUGUGGUCCUGCUGGAUGGACUUCGAUCAGAGGACGAGGACGGCCAUUAUUAAUUCGAAUUAACCUCGUUUUUAUACAAAAGUGAAUUUAUCCGCAACGGAGGAUCAAGUGAUCGAAUGUACCGUGUCGCGGCUCCGGCAUUUAUCCGAGUGAUUCUUGAACGUAAUCGAGCAUCUUUAAAAGAAAAGUCAAAGUCACUUCUGCAAUUAACUCCGUGGACGUACGGCAUGAGUAGCGCAGAGAAAAGAUACUUUGAGGGCACCACGGAUCGUUAUAAUGGCGUCGUCGUCGACUCUGCUAUCGAACGGUGCAAGUUUUCCGACUUGCAGGAACGUUUGCAAGCAUCUCUGAAUAAAUGGCUGGAGGAACGAAGACGCACGAUAUGGUUUCGCGUAGGUCUCGCAGAGAGCGACUGGAUUCCCGUGCUGGCACGGAAUCGAUUCAAAUUCCAUCAUGCUAAAGAGGAAUCCGUUACUAUGUAUCGAUGGUUGCCCGAUGAUCAGGAAUGCAAUGUACCUCCGUACGCUCACACGAAUCUCGGAGUAGGCGGUUUCGUUUUCGACGAGCAGACCAACGAGAUUCUUGUCAUUCAGGAGAAACACUCUCCUGCCUCGUCUAUGUGGAAACUUCCUGGUGGCUAUGUGGAACCAGGAGAGGAUAUUGAGGCAGCCGUAGUUAGGGAAGUUUUAGAAGAGACAGGUAUACAGACGACGUUCAAAGGUCUGCUCACGUUUCGUCACGGUCAUCGGUACGCGUUUGGCUGUUCCGAUAUUUAUAUGAUCGUUCUUCUUACACCUCUUACUCGUGACAUUCAGAAAUGUGAACGAGAGAUCUCUCGGUGUACUUGGAUGAAGAUAGAAGAGUAUGCGAUCCAUCCAGAAGUUCAUGAAAAUAAUCGGCUCUUUGCUAAUAAAUUCCUAGAAUAUUUACAGCACCGUGUUGCUAUGGUUACUACUUAUGCUAUACAUCCAAUUUCUAAGAAGCCAAUUUGCAUCUACAGCAUAUCGAGCGAUAACAGUUGAAGCUUUGUAUAUUUGUGUUUUAUUCUAACAAGUUUUCGUACUUGCAUUUACUUGUCGAAACAUCCAAUAUGGAGCAGUUUACGAAUGCAGAUGUUACAGACCAUGAAAUAAUAUAAUUGAUAUUAAAAUCACUGAUCAGGUUAUGAACAUUUUCGAUACUGAAAAUGAUUUUUUAACAGUGUGUAGUUAACGAGA